CAUUAAAGACGUAUCAUCUCACGUGGCAAAUCUUCUCACUUGAUUACCCCUUUGACUCGUCUCUCUCUUUCUUCCAACCCAAAACUCACCAACUCUUUAUUUUUUUCAAUUUUCUUCUUUCCCCAUUUUUUAAUUUUAAAAAAACCUUAAAAUUAAUCUAGUACUACUACUGUCUUUGUUUGUACUACUGUUACUUGUUCAAGUAGAUUUUAGAGAGAGAAUUAACGAGAUCAUCGAUCAAAGAUUUAGCCUUUCUUUCUUGCUUAAUUUGAAAGAACAAAAUCUGGGUUUUUUAAAGAAAACAAACAAAACAGAGGAACCCAUAUUUAUUGGGAACAGAGAAGAUGAAAGUUUUCUUCUUUUUUCUUUUACAAAUAUUUUAUUUUAUAUACUUAUUAAUUUCUUGCUUUCCAAUUUUAUAAUAUGAUAUAAAUUUGAAAUACAGAAACCCAAAAUCAGACACCAGACAAAGAGACAGCCAGAGUGUUAAAUUCUUCGUAUUAUUAUACAGUAAUAAUUUAUAAUUUCUGGGUUUUUUGAUGCAAAUUGAAGGAAUUUAGAGAGAGAAAAUGGGGGAUCAAGUAAAGAUGGUGAUGAAGAUGAGAUGGGUAUCCAAUUGGAAAGGUGCAGGAGAAUCAAAGAAAGGAAGAAUGAAAUGGGGUGGUUUUGUAAUGAUUCUGUCUCUAACUAUUUUCUCUCUCUUCACUCUUUUAUUGCUUGCUAGAUAUACUGCUAAACAACAUCACUCUGGUUUUGAUAAUUAUGGUGGAUCUUCUUCUUUUUCAAUCUUUGCUUGGAAACCCAUUUUUCGUACUUCAGAUCUUCCCAGAAAUCAGAGUCCCCUGCAUAAAAGGCUAUGGGGCCCAGUGAGGGAGUUGGGAUCUCUGUAUCCACAUGCAAAUCCUCGAGGACCCUAUUCUGCUCCCAGCUUGCAAUCAACGGGCUUCCUUUUUGUCAGGAUUCGAGGUGGUUUCCAUGAUAUCCGGAAUGCAAUUGCGGAUGCUGUUGCAAUAGCACGGCUGAUCAAUGCUACUCUUGUGAUCCCUGAAAUCCUCUCAACCACUAGCAGCAAGGGAAUUAGCUCCGAGUUUAAAAGUUUUGCUUACUUGUACAAUGAAGAUCAGUUCAUGGCAGCAUUAGCUAAAGAUGUCAAUAUUGUUAAGACUCUUCCUAAGAAUCUUAAGGAGGCAAGGAGGAAGAAGGCGAUCCCUUUAUAUAAGGUACCGAGCUCAGCAUCUCCUUAUUUCUAUAUGCAUCAAGUUUUGCCAACGUUGAGGAAGCACUCAGUUGUCGAACUUGUUGUCUCAGACGGUGGAUGCUUGCAGUCAAACCUUCUUCCUGAUCUUGAAGAACUUCAGAGGUUGAGAUGCAGGGUUGCAUUUCAUGCCCUACAAUUUCGGCAUGAGGUCCAAGAGCUUGCCACCAAGAUAUUAAGAAGGUUACGGUCACCUGGUAGGCCGUUCAUUGCAUAUGAACCAGGGAUGACCAGAGAGGCUUUGGCAUACUAUGGCUGUGCAGAGCUUUUCCAGGAUGUGCAUACCGAGCUUAUUCAACACAAAAGGUCGUGGAUGUUGAAGCGGGGAAUUGUGAAAGGAAAGCUUUCUGUGGAUUCAGCUCAACAAAGGCUCAAUGGUUCUUGCCCCCUCAUGCCGGAAGAGAUUGGCAUCAUUCUCCGUGCAUAUGGAUAUCGGUCAGACUCAGUGAUAUACAUUUCUGGUGGAGAAGUCUUUGGCGGUCAGAGAUUGUUAAUUCCUCUGCAUGCCAUGUUUGAUAAUGUAGCAGAUAGGACUUCCCUCAGCACAAAUUAUGAGCUGACUAGGCUAUACGGCCGUGAGGCAAACUUUGUUGACCCUCCACCAAGAGCGCCCCCCUCAGUUGUAGAAGAAAGGAAGCUUGAAGCAUGGAAAAAGUCGGUCCCACGACCCCGUCCAUUACCACCUCCUCCUGCACGGUCUAAGUAUCCGUACAAUAUUGAAGGGUGGUGGGGUUGGGUAGCGGAGAGUGAUAAUGAGCCUGAGAGUACUGUGAUGGAGCUUAGAACUAAUGCACAUAAAUUGCUUUGGGAAGCCAUUGAUUAUAUUGUUUGUGUUGAAGCUGAUGUUUUUAUUCCGGGAUUUGAUCGUGAUGGUAAGGGACGCCCGAAUUUUGCUAGCUUGGUUAUGGGGCAUCGGAUGUAUCAGUCUGCUGCUUCUGUGACAUAUAGGCCUGACAGAAAAGAAGUAGCCAAAUUCGUAGAUGAUCUCCGUGAGGGCAUGCACCCAGCUAACCGAACAUGGCUUUCAUCGAUUCGCAAGCAUUUAAGAAGAACAUUGCUUGAUGGUCCCCUGGAAGCAUUCAACACUUCAAAGCCAAUCUCCUUUCUCUCGCAUCCUGUUCCUGAGUGUUCUUGCUCGAGGGGAAAAACUAGUCCUUCUUCCGGUUUCAACCCUCAAGAUGCUUUUAAGGUUCAGCAUAGUUGCCCUUCUUGGAUGGGUGUUAAUGUUAACUCGAGGCUAAAAGAGAAGGAAAGUGAUGAUGAAGUUUAUGUGGAUGAUGGCUUUAUUUCCUCAUUUUUCUUUGGACAUGGUUCGGAAAAUCAAGGGGCGAGUAAUGGAGUUAAUGCUAGUCGGGAGGAGACACACUUAGAGGACCAAGAAGAGCUUGAAGCUAGUGAAAGAUGACAAAUAGCUUAUCUUUAAGAUCAUGUACAUAGAAAAAAAUCGGAGGGGUUGAAAAUUCUUCGCGCUGCUGCUUUCAAGUGGCACUUUCCGAUUCUUUGGCUGAUUGCUUCAACUUAUUUAGGUCCAGUAAGAAGCAUUUGGCUGCGCCUCAAAUAGAUUAGAAAUACAUGGGUGAAAUUUUAUUGUAAAUCCAUUCACCGACGAAUUUUGUGCUGUAGUAACCUCUAGAUUGGUAGCUUUAUUUAAAUUAUUGUGUAUGAUUAGAAGGAACACUUUCAGGUUUUGAAUAAUAUUAUGAAUUAGAUGGUAUACAUAUAAUUUUUGUUAGAAAUUAUUGAUUC